AAACAUGUGAAAAUUAAAAAGGAAGCAUUUUCAUUUUCAACCAAACACGCUGAAAAUAGUCUGUUAAAUGGCUCCUCUUUUACUUUACCUUCUGGCAGCCGCAAACCUAUACCAAAGAUCCAAAAGUACCACCGAUGUCUCGACCUACGGAAAAGCUAAGAUUAUUGACCCAGCGUGUUCUGGACGACGACAUCGUAUUCGACAUACUGACUCGGCUACCAGUGAAAUCCUUAAUCCGAUUCAGGUGCGUUUCUAAAUCAUGGUACUCUACAAUCACAAACCCCAUUUUCAUUGCCACACACUUCAAGCUCAACGAAGCCAAAUCAUUAUCCAAUAAAAAUAGUCACAAUGGUUAUCUGCUAUAUUCACCUGUAACAGAGGGCUAUUCUUUUCACGAAGAAUUGCGUACACUUGUUUACAAUAGGGACCGCACAGUGACUGAGAUUUCCAGGUUUAUAACCCCCUUUCCCAUUUGUGAUGCCUUCAUGAAUUGCUUCUGUAAUGGCAUCUUCUGCCUCGAUAGGUUUGACGAAAACAAUGGUGAUCAUAUGAUAUAUUUGUGGAACCCAAGCAUUAGAAAGUUUAAGAUGCUUGCUCCUGCUCUUUUGACUGACCCUUUUGAUAGUGCCACCCUUGGACUUGCUUAUCAUUCUCAAAUGAAUGAUUUCAAGAUUCUUAGACUUGUGAGUUCCCCAGGGUCUCUUGGAGAGCCAGAUCCACCGACUGAGGCUGAGGUUUACACAUUGAGUACGGAUUCGUGGAGGAAGGUAGUGUCGGCGGAGUUGUCCGACCCCAACGCUGGACGUCUUUCUCAUCAUUCACCAUAUAUAUUUUUUAAUGGAGCACUGCACUGUAUAGCAGCUAAUAAACACUGCAGUUUCAUUUUGUCCUUUGACAUUAAUGAUGAGAGAUUCCAUAAGAUAAUGCUGCCUCUGGAUUUAUUAGAUUUAUACCAAUCAUAUCUUACAGUGUUCAAGGGAUCGCUCGCUUAUAUUAUUAUCUCUAACCAUCGAGCUACUGGGGGCAUUAUGUGCCACUUAUGGGUGAUGAAGGAGUAUGGCGUGGCAGAGUCUUGGACCAGAAAAUGUGUACCAAUGGAUUGGUUUCAUCAUUUCCAUGGCUGUACAGACAAUGGUGAAUUGCUAAUUACGAUUUGCAUGGAGCUGAUAUCAAUUGACCCUGAGAAUCUACUUCAGAACAGUCUUAUAAUGGAAUCAAAUAUUAGAUGGGCUGGUUACGCAGCCAAUUCCAUAGAGAGUUUGGUUCUACUUGAUGGGGUAAAUGUGUCAUCUGAAUACGAAGAUUAGUCUGUUGAGGUUCUAGCAAGGUGGCUAUUUUUGUGAAGUUCAAUGGCAAGUAUUUUGGUAUCAAAUAUGCAAUUUGAAUCCGAGCUCUAAUUAUGCUGUUUCUUUCUUCCCCCUUAUUUUUUAUGACAUGAGCAUUAGAGGUACUAAUUUAUUAAGAAUUGUGUUUAAAGGAGAUUAUGGCUAUUAUGCCGAAUUGAUAUUCGUGUCAAUAACAUUGUUCA